CUCUGAGCUGGUCCUGACGGGCUGGCUGGGCUCCGGGCGGCUGUCUGUGCGCUUCUGACGGUCGUAAGGGGGAAGACUACCAUCAACACACAGCGUGUCCUCGAGUGCUCAGAGGGGGAGAAGAAAAAAAAAAAAAAGGAGUCACGGGGAUAACUGCGAGAAAAAGAAAAAGCAAACAGCCCCACCUCGGCAUCUGGAAAAGCACCGAAGAAGGAGACGAUCCUCCCCUUCUACCCCACACCCCGACGCCAACCCGCCCUAUCUACCCUACCCACCACUUCGUGCCAUCCCUCUGGUUUCAAUCUGCCCUCCCACCCCGCCAGGAGAACCACGACCACCCAUAGGAAACCCCCACUUGACCAGCGUUGCCAUUGAGCGAUGCGCUUUGAAUUUAGGAAGAAAUCACCUUUUUUUUGCGUUUUUUGAUGUACAAACACAACCAGUGCUUCUUCGGUUUUUUUUCCUCAGCGGGAACAGUUAAGGCUACGGAUUUGGGUGUUUACACUUUUUUGACGGGUUUCCAGUGGCGUGAUAACAUGCUGAAUAUAUCAUCCCACGGCAAACAGACGAGGCUGUCAUUCCAUAGAUGAGUCUUUAUUUAAAAUAACCGGCUGUCACACACGCUUUUGCGUUUUUGAGCUCGUAUGUUUGGUUUUUCCAUGCUUAGAAAUAAUCCUGACAAUGGUCUGGGAACGGACCGCCUCUCCAGACACCUAGUUAUCUUUUUUUCAAGACGCAUCAGCUCUGCAUAUCGUUUUUAUCGGAGAAAAAGCGACGAAUUGACGAGGGAGUCAUUUGACACCGUCGCCGCUUGAGCCCCAUAGGACUUUGCGUGCGAAGUUUGCACCGGGAAGAGGGGGGCCAAGUCGGAGAUAUCUCGGCCAUAUCCGCGGCAUUUUCCCUGUAAGGGGAGGUCUGCCUCUACAAAGCCAGCAAACCAGGGGUGGGAGGUCAGCAAGUUGCAGCCAUGCUGUCGCUAGACGAGCCCCUGGACCUGAAGCUCCCUCGACGGGCCAAUGGGAGGGACAGAGGGGCCCGCUCACCCCCCCUCUCACUGCACCCCAAGCGAGCUCGCCAGCUCCGCAUGGCAGAUGAUGGCACCGCAGUCAUAGAGCCAGCCUCGCCAGCAUCUCCGCACACAGGUGUGCAGGUAGUCCCUCAUGAUCGAACAGACACCCCCACACCCCCUGCAGUGGACCUGAGCAUGUCUCCCUCCUCCCGCCACACCCCCAGCUCUCCAGAAAUGACCAAUGGCAACUAUGUCCCCUCAGGGAAUUCUCACAUCUCACAAGCCUUUCAGUUUUUUGUGCCAAUUGGAGCUGGGGCGGGACUUCACCUGCCAUCCUCCAUGUUCAUUGGCCAGACGAGUGACAAGAGAGCCUCUCCUGACCUCUCAGCGGAUGAACAACUGGCCUGUCGCUGGAAGAAGUGCCAUCUGCUCUUUGACUCCCUGCAAGACUUGGUGGAUCAUGUCAAUGACUUCCAUGUCAAACCUGAAAAGGAUUCUGGAUACUGCUGCCACUGGGAGGGCUGCGCUCGCAAAGGGAGGGGUUUCAAUGCUCGGUACAAGAUGCUCAUCCACAUCCGCACUCACACUAACGAGAAGCCCCACCGCUGUCCCACCUGCAAUAAGAGCUUCUCACGCUUGGAGAACCUCAAGAUACACAACCGGUCACACACAGGUGAAAAGCCCUACAUUUGUCCUUACGAGGGUUGCAACAAGCGUUACUCCAACUCCAGCGACCGCUUCAAGCACACACGCACACACUAUGUGGACAAGCCCUACUACUGCAAAAUGGUGGGCUGCCUGAAGCGCUACACAGACCCCAGCUCUCUCCGCAAGCACAUCAAGGCCCACGGCCACUUUGUGGCUCAGGAACAUGGCUCCCCAGGUGGGGUGGGCUCCCUGCUAAAGGGGAGUCAAAGCGGAGUGCUUGUUAGCGAAGUGGGAAAGGAUUCAGAGCUGUCUUAUGUGAGUGCAGCCCACAUCAUCAUCCCAGGCGCGGCGGCCGCCCUCCUGGGAGGCCAUGCUCUGCAGGGUCUUGGUGGUGCCCUGCCCCUGUCCCCGCUCAGUCCUCGGCCCCUGGACCUCAGCACACUAGGUUGCCCCAGCUCACCUCCAGGCAGCAUGGGAUCCAUCCUGUCCUUCAGUGGCUCCCCGCUGGGCCUGGCCAAGUCCCCUCUGCUCUCCGGAGCAUUCCCCUCCUCGGCCCUGGGCCUGCCAAUGGUGCCCAUGCUGGGGGCCUCGUCUGAGCGCAGGGCGCAGAGCCAGCAGGCCAAGAAGAGCCUGGGGGAGGAGGAGGCCAAGAACGAGGUGACUGGGAGGGUCUUGAACCUCUCCACAGGAGGGUCUCAUGAUCCCCUGUCCUGGGUGGUCAUCCCCCCAGGCACUGUGGUGCUCAAGCCAGCUGUGGUCAACUGAUACACACACACACACACACACACACACACACACUCACACACACACUCACACACACACACACACACACACACACACACACACACACACACACACAUUCCAGAAGAGCUCAGGGGGUCGGGAUGGGAGGGUGAACGCCAUAGUGAGGGUACACGCGGUCAAAGGUGAUAAGGAUCGGCUCGCACAAUCAAAUCCAGGCAAUGCAUUUCAGAGAGAGGUUGGAAAAGGAGAAAACUACAGAGAAACUCAUCAAAACCCUCAAACAGCAGAACAAUAGAUAACACUACACCUCACAAUAAUUAAGUAUACAACGCAAGCCUCUUGUAUUGAUGGGAAACUAAACCUGGGGCCCGAGAACUCUGUUCAGGAUCGUGUAUGGCUCCGUAUUUCUAUCACAAGGCCUGGCAAUGGGCUCCUCUCUGCUCUCUUAUUUUAUACUUUAUUCAUUCCUGUUUGCUGGUUCUGUGGACAGGGACCAUGAACGUGACAGUCUUAUUGCUCUGUGUUCUUACAAAAGUCCUGAUAUCAUUGAUAAGUAUUUAUAUGACUGUACUUCAUCGACAGUGUGCCUCCAGCUUAGCAGUGAGACAGAUACAACCAUGAAACUGAAUGACGCACUCAUAGUUAGGCAAACGUGCACGUAAUAGGACGAUUCUCCACAGUUGAUUUUAAAGUUAUGACCUAUUUUUCGCAGGGCUGCUGUGAUUAAUAUGAUUCAGACAGGCUUGCCAAACCAAAGCAAGUGAACAGAAACUGUCUUGGAUUUGUCCAGGAAAGGGCUGCAGCUUCAGCUCUGAGACAGUUCAAUUAUACACAGCACUUAAUAGUGUCAACUGGUUAUAGUAUUGAAACCUCAAAACUGCUGCUAAACUCUCAGCUCCCCCCGGUGUAACAUAAACUGGGAGAGAGCACUUUUGACAAUCUAUCCCCAGAUCGGGGAAGGUGACCAACAAGAAUGUGUGCCAGGCGUGCAGACUAGGGGCUUUUAGGGCACAGAGCGAACGGAGGACUUGACACAGACAAAUGGUGUUACAUCACCUGGCAAUGACCAUUCAUCACUUCCUCUUUUCCACAAGUGAGAAUUAAGGCACUGGUGUGUCUGGCUCCCUCCUCUGGUAGGACAUGAUACACAACAUCCCGCGUGCCAUUUACAGAACUCGCACUGUUUCACUUCUGGAUUGUCCAGCUGCUUUCCCGUAAUUGAAUCAACACAGCCAGUUUGUGUAUGAAAGGGCCACUGUGGUGAUAAACACUAGUGUCUUUUAUUUUAAAAAAGUGACCCAACCCAAAACCAGCUGUGAAAAACAGGCGGUCGUCUAGUCGAAGCCCAACUUAGCCUAGUCGGUUUUUGUCCCUAGUUCAACAAGUCCUGUGCUGUGCCAAAAAUACCUGGAGAGGGGAAAGAGGGAUGUACGUAUUGUGCCACAGAGGGGGGUGUGAUGCACUCAAUGCCACAUACAGCUGGACUGACUAGGAAGCCACACUAUUGCAAACUGCCUCAUUUUACUCUGUCCAUAGGGGCAAAAAAAGAAAAGAGAGAAAAAAAAGACUCAUUUGACUUCUGGGAAAACUUUUCUCACGGUUUGAUUAAGCAGUCAACAUGCACUUACCACACAUUAUAUUCCUUACAUGUUUCAUGAAAUGUUACUGCCAAGUCAUGGUUCUUUGAAAAAAAAAUAGUUUGCUCUUAUUCCAUUUCCUGCAAGGGUCAGUUUUGCUGUGGGGUCCUUCCAGGCUUGUGUUGCUCAGUGCUAAUGCAUGUGUGAUGUUGACUGCCGUCUCCACGGAGGAGAGGUAGGGGAGCAGGAGAGGAUCAUCACAACACAAGGAACAUUCCCUCAAGAGACUCCUCGAUCUCUCCUCUCCCUAUCUGCUUAUGUUGGUGGUCUUACUUUUCCAUUGCCCAGUCGUAGAGAUAAUCAGUUAUUGCUGUUUUUUUUUGGUUUUUUUUGCUGUUGUUCAGACGAAACAUUUUUUCUGAUGUUGAAGUUGCUUCUUGUGUUCUGCGACGGCUGCUCUGCACUCAGCUUUCUGCUGUCGAGGAUGAGUCUUUCGAGGGGUUGAGGAGAAGACGAGAGGAGAGGUUUGGGUGGUCCUCUAGGGCAGUGGUUCCCAAUCUCAGGGUUUGGGAUAAAUCUAAAGGGUCCCAAGAUGAUUACAUUGAGGGGAAAAGUUAACUUUUUGGGACUUUUCUCCAGUAACUUUGCUUUUUAGCUUUGGUAGCUGAGUGGCUCAGUGGAUGGUUAGUCCACCCUGUUGGUCCAGACUGAAAUAUCUCACCAACUAUUUGGAUGGGUUGCCAUGAAAUUCUGUACAAAAAUGGUGCCCAGAGGAUAAAUCCUACUGACUUUUUUGAUCGCCUAACUUUUCAUAGUGCCACCAUGAGGUUGACAUUUUUCUUUUUAAGUGUAAUGCCUAUUAACUAAUGGAUGGAAAUGUUGUACAGACAUUGUUUCCCUCAGGAUUAACUUAACCCUGAACUUUUCAUUUAGUGCUAUCAUCAGGUCAAAAUUAUUAUUUUUUGUCCAAUGUUUUGCUUUAUCACCAAAUAACUGCAAAACUAAUCAUCUCUCAUCAGCCUCAUCUUUACUUUGUGUAAAGUGCUAAUUAGAUCAUGUUAGAAUUAUAAUAUGCUAAACUAAGGUGGUGAACCGGGUAAAUUAUCACCUGCCAAACAUAAGCAUGUGUUACUGCGGGCAUGUUAUGCUGAUAUUAGCAUGUAGCUCAAAGCACACAGAGUUGCUGGCAUGGCUGUAGACUCUUAGUAACUCUUAGUUUUGUUUCUUGUUAAAUACUGAAUAUGGUUACCAGUUCAGGGCUGCAAAACCUUUAAAAUUAAACAACCUGGGAAGGAGAAAUCACUCUUUGGUUAAACUGCUCACAACAGUAUGUCAAAAACUAAGGCCAUAAACUGUGCUUAGGGCUCAUACGUACAGAUGAUGUUACUUUAAGGGUUCACAAGCUGAAAAGAUUGGAGACCACUGCUCUAGGGGGGAAAUUUAGGGGUGUCCAGUGGACCAAAUGACAUCACAUUCCUCCAUGACAAUCACAUUGAUUUACUGAGGAUCAUUUAGAGAGGGUGUGGGCAUAAAAGAUGACUAUUAAUUAUAUUUGAGCUAUUUAAGCUAAAGCUAAGAUUUGCAAACUCAGCUUCCUUUGUCCUGACUUUUAAUAUCCACGGUCAGGUAAAGGGAAACCAUUAAGAACUAACAUCCGACUGUGAAAUGGUUUCUGGGAAGGCGUGAGAGCAAAGAGAGAAAGGAUUGGCUGAAUGAAUAAAUGAAUGGACAGGGGGACAGGGAGAGAUGAGGGGAGAGGCUGUGUGCCAACAGUGGAAACGAGGCAGAGGAUAGCUGCGCUGUGCAGCCGCCCUCCAUCUGGCCACCUACCCAGCAAACGGCCCUCUCUGCUCUGAAGUCACUGGCUGUGCUGUGCCCAAUGUGGCAGCCACUCACAGGCAUACCAGCCUGCAGAAAAACUAGGCCACUGAACUCUGUCUGCCCUCUGGGUUUUUUUUUUUUUUUUUUUUUACAGAUUAAACCCAAAAGGCUCAACUCCCCCACUUUCCGGCCAUCAAGCUUUUUUUUUUUUUUUGCACCAGAGAUGGGGAAAAACAGGCAAACUAACAAGACACACUCACAGUAAAAAAAACAAAUAACCCUCCAAUAUAACCCUCCGUGUCUGAGGACGAGCUCUGUGUCAGGCUGCCCACAGAUGAACUGUGAUACCUGUGUUUCUGCCUUUGUAAUUCUUAGUCAUCAUUAUCUCAGACAGCCCCCCCUUCCUGUGAGACACACACACACACACACACCCAUCAGUGGCCUGUCUGUGGGUCCAGCCUCGAUAUUGAGUCUGUUGUUAUGAAUGGACAAUUCUGGCGUGUGAUGUCAUCAGAAACAGGUGUUAAGUAGGCUAGACACAGUUUCCGUGGCAACAGUGAAAUCCACAGAUGCUCUCCUCCCCCCGUCUGUCUGUCUGUCUGUCUGUCUGUCUGUCUGUCUGUCUGUCUCUCCUCUGCAGGUCGAAGCCAGGGACAGAGACUCAGCCCGGCGGCAGAAAGCUGAAUAAUAUGACACGGAUCCUCCCAGGGUCCACAACCUUUCAAUAUUAAAUAAGCUGUAUGAUCCAUUAACCCUUUGAGCUCAGUCUGUAAUAAACUGCACUUUUGUUCCCCUCAUAGCAUGUGUAGAUGCGGGGAUGCUGCCACAUCCUUCCUCAGUGUAAAGCGUUAAUUCAUCAGUUGUUUUUGUUUGGGAACAAAGAAUAAUUGUAAAAAAAAAAAAUCAUCCUCAGUUGUUAAAAUGUCUGAAUUUAAAGUCUUUUGGUUUUUUUUAUAUUAUAAAAGCGGUACUUGCUCCUGGAGAUUUUAAAGUAACCCUCACUUAAAGCUAUGAAAAGUGAAACUGAAAAUCCAGGGCACAAAAUUUGUGUUAGAUAGCUAGGUCAGUGUCAUUGUAAAGGGGUGCCAUUGACUAAAGUGCCACAGGGUUGCACAAAGGGUUAAUGAUAAGACUAAGGCCAUGCAAGGCCUGUUCCAAGUUAUGUUUUUUGCACAUUUGUGAGAUAUUAUGUCAGUAUUUUAAUUUUUCCAAGUGCCUUUUUAUUAUAGGUAAAAUAUAGAAGUUAUACACUAUAUGAAAAAAAAUGAUUAUAUGAAAAUAUAUUUUUUCCUGGCAUCAUGUUCUGUGGUUGAACAUGCAGAAUUUUAGAGUUGUAAAAGUCUCCAAUUGGUACAACAUAGCGGUGUUCUCCUGUUUUAGAGGAAUUUUAUUACGAUAUUGAUAAUAAUGUCAAUGAAAAGAAAAAUGUUUAAUAAAGUUGUAUUUGAUACAA